CCAGAGUUGACCCAGAAAAGUAACUCCGGUGACGGUGACACGUACUAGAAACUCAUCUCGCUCGCUCCACAGUGCACUAAUUCGAUGAAAUACAUGUAUCUGGAGCAUCGCCUUUGGAAGUAAAGACGGAAAUCCAAUACCAGAAGCAGAACUCAAUAGAACUUCAGGGCAAGGACAAUUAGCUGGUAAGCGUUGUCUAGUGAAGGGGACAGUCAUUGCAGAGAGAGAGAUUGGAAUUGAAUUAAAGAGAGAGAGAGAGAGACCGUGUCAUAUUGCUGAGCGAAGGGUGACAGAGAAGCCAUGGCAGACCACAUGAUGAUGCCCAUGUCCCACGGCCCUGCAACGGCCCUCCACGGCUACAGGAUGGGGGGUAUGGGCGGCCCUCCUCAGCAAUCCGUGCCCCAGCCUGGCCUCCGCACUCUCCCCAACGGCCAGGUCAUGCACUACGGCAGGGUGCCGCAGACCUCCAUGGAGGCCGCCAUGAGGCAGCGACCCGGACUGGGGAUGGUGGGGCCGGCUGGGAUGAACGGUCAGGUGAACAGCCAGGUCAAUGGGGCUCAGAUGGGAGGACACCACCACCAGAUGAACCAGAUGAUGUAUAACCAACAACAACAGCAUCAACAACAACAGCAACAUCAACAACAACAGCAGCAGCACCACAUGCAACAGCCCCAGCACCCCCAGCAACAGUACCACCCCAGUGGGCUCACCUCCCAGCAGCUCAUGGCCUCCAUGCACCUCCAGAAACUCAACACCCAAUACCACGGACAUCCACUGGGGCCGGUCCAGGGCCAUCACAUGGCCAACGGGGCUCAGUACAGAGUAGGGCCGGGUCAGCUGGCCAGCAUGCAGCACAUGGGUCAGGGUGGGCCAGGUAUGGUGCUGGGACAGAAUAUGGACAUAGACCUCAUAGAUGAGGAGGUUCUGACAGCGCUGGUGUUGGAGCUGGGUCUGGACCGGGUUCAGGAGCUCCCAGAACUGUUCCUGUGUCAGAACGAGUUUGACUUCAUUCCUGACUUUGUUUCUAUGAAACAGCAGCCGAGCACCGUGAGCUGCUGAGAGAUACACAACAGCCAGAUGAAGAAAGACGCUGUAAAAACAGGCCGGCGCCCAGAGAAAGACUGAACCACAAACUAGACUAGCUACAGCAGCACAUACAAGAGGAGACAGACUCUCUCUCUGUUCUAUCUGUGUGAGUUUAGGCUAUCUGUCUGUGACCAUGUAUAUUAGGCCUACAGAACACACCUGUGAAUAGUAGGCCUACCUGUUUUUAAGAUUUAAUUGUAAGGACAGAAAGAGAGGAGAAAAAACAAAAGCUUGCUCUGCAUCAGGCUGGCAUGAGAUCUGAGCUCAGUCAGCCCAGCCACAGGUUGGCGCUCUCUCUGACGCAGUGGCCUCUGUCUAGUCUGUACUGCCUUCCAUCCUGCCUCUCGGCUGCCACCCAUGUCAUAGUGUCACUGUGUGUGCUGAGGUCUGUGGGAUGAUUGUAGACUCAUUCAGCAGGAUGGGAAGACGAGACAAACAAGCUGAGACAAUACAAAGAAAGACUAUCUUGCUUCACCUGGGACUACUAGAUUCGAUCUAUGGCUUAUAGAAAUGUAUUUAUUUAUGAAUUCACCCCACCAAGUAGUUAGCGGACAUUUGACAAAUUGAGUUGUUAAAGAAGUUGGUGGUCUGAUUAUGAAUUAGAUUGUUGGGGAAAGAGUUGUUCAAAAAAAGAUGCCUAACUAUAUUGUGUGUAUGUUGAAGGCUGGUACUUCAAAACAGGCUUGGAGGAUUUCUUCCUCGUUACCUUAACAUUUCCUUUAGUAAGAGCCUGGGGUUAUUUUUUUGGGGGGUGGAUGGGGUUAGUCUCUGAUUGGUUGGGAGUUAACUGUGUUAGCCUGGGGAUCUGGUUCCUCUUCCUAACAUCAUCUGAUGACAUCAUCAGAACAUUCUAUUUAUCAUUAGGCUGCAGUUAUACGAAGCAAUUUUCAUGUAACUUUGGAAGCAUGCAACUGACUUGCUUCUUUAUCGCUUCGUGAAACACCCCCUGCAAUUAACAAGCAACUCAGUUGUAUCCAGUUGCAACGUUUCAACUUUUUCUACUUGUUGAAAUCUAAUCUCUACUAUGAAAUCAAGAUGUAAUGCAGCAGCUGACAUUGGGUGAGUUUAGAAUUCUCAAACCAUAUUGAAUGACAAAACAAAAGCAGCUUCAAUUUGAUUGGCAUUUGCAUACAAUUUAAAUUGCAUUUAAGUUGCUUUGUGUAUCAGCCAAGUUGCUUGAAAUGAUGUCUCUUGCAACCUGCAACUGCAAAUAAAGUUGUGUGAAAGUUGCUUGGUGUAUCUCCACCUUAAAAACGUAUGUUUCCUUGAAUAUUACAUGUCCUCAGUUUAAUCACUGGCAAAGUAGUGCAGCACAUACACAGUAACAUCUCUAUAGUAAGAUAAAUACAAACACACCAUGCCUGUCUUAAAAUACUGCUCUGAACACUAAGGGUCAGCUUCUAGUCAAACAGCUAGAUGCUCUGUUUCAGUAGAGUCUUAAUGACUACUUUAUAUUGUAUCUCUACUGGUGGGCCGAGGGAAUACACUGGAUAGUAUUUAAGGAGCAACACACAUAACAUAGCGGUGGACUAUUUUCUGUACAUGUCUGUGACUGGCACAGAAAGAAAGGCAGGGGGAAACCAGUACCUCUCAGUCGCAGGUCAUUCCCUGGGUCAUAGAGCUCACUUUAGACUUUUAACAACAUUUUGACCGUUAAAAGACAUAAACACAAAGUGUUAGACUGUGAGAAGUACAUUCAUCUCGCGCUGUAGCUGGGGGGAAUCCUAACCUCCACUGAAUAUUUACUUAGUCAUGCAUUGAUGUCAAUGGGACACCAAGUGAACAUUUGAUUUAAGUAGAAGUUAGGAUUUGCCCAUCUGUGCGUGAACAUCUUGUGUGUGCAGCUUGCAAGGUUCUUCUUUAAUGGGAAGUGACUUGAGUUUGGUCCUCAGACUUAAGCUUGGCCAAUGUGCUGACUGGGUAUGAAGACCUGGACAGUGGAGGCUGCUUCAACUGCCUUGAACUGUGGACAACGUUCAUUAGUCCAGUCUGUGGACACAGCAUAGUGCUAGGCACUACUCCGGCAGUACUUGGUUGGUUUAAUCGUUGUUUAAAGCUGCCUCUCUUUACCUGUGGCAUUGAUUUCAUUACUGAAGUGGGCCAAACCCAACAGGGCAGAGCAACACAGACAUGCACGCACUCACUCACAGGUUGGUUGCGGUUUCCAUAGAUUUGCUUACUCGGCUGGUUCUCCUGUUUAGAUUUAAUGACCAGUUCACACACGCUUGUCUUAAUUGAGGUCAUCCAGCAUGACAGCCCCAAUGACUUGGUAAUUAGAAAACUUGGCACCUAAAAGUAGUGUGCUCUAUAUAGGGAAUAAGGUGCCAUUUUGGACACACCCAUGGUAAUUAGAAAACGUUUUUUUUCUGUGGUGGUGCAGUGUUCUUUCCCCCUGGCCCCUGUGCAUAAUGAUGUUUUUGCAAGGUUACUGCUCCAGUGACUAGUACGAGAACUUCCUGUCCUUUUCUGUUGUUGAGUUAUUUGUGGAGAUGUCAGAACAGAGAGGUUGGAGGAGCAGUGAGGGGUUGAAGAGAGGAUUGGGGGAAGGGGAAAGCUUCCCUCUGUAAUGCACGAGUUGUAGUAAUAUGUUCCAAUACUAGAGCUACACUCACUGGUCUCUCAGCUAUUUUCUAGCCUGGAAUCCAAAGGGAAUAUCGCUGUAUUUCACAAUUGUUUCACUUCACUGAAUCAGUUAAAUAAAAUGCAUAUAUUCCGUUUAUAUUCCUGGCUACUCUGAACCCCCUCUCUCUCCUGGAGAUCUGCCAUAUUGCUGAGCUCUGAGCACAAACAAACAAUUGACAACAGAAAUUACACUCAUCGUGGCAAAGGCCAACCAUGGACAUGCACUGGGGCCGAUCCAGGGCCAACACCUGGCCAACGGGGCCCAGUACAGAGUAGGGCCGGGUCAACUGGCCAGCAUGCAGCACACGGGUCAGGGUGGGCCAGGUAUGGUGCUGGGACAGAAUAUGGACAUAAUUACCAUAUCUAGUAAUUUCCUGUGGUCGGUUUAUCUGUUACCAGGCUAUUUAUGGCUUAGUUGGUCUUAUAUCUGUCUAGAUCUGGGACGGGGCUUUUUUUAGGGCAGGUUCACAACCCCUCAUGAAAAAGUAAUCCAUUACAAUCUGAAAAUAACAUAUUUUUGUUUGUCUUUUAAGCCUUAGAGGGAUAGUAGCCUCUCAAAGUCAUUUGAUCACAACUAUAUCAAUAAUAUUUCAGCCUUCUUGUGUAUGGUGUCUAUGUACUGUAGAAUAGAGGUAAAGUUGACAUAAUUAAGGUACGAUUCAAAAAUCAUUGUCAGAUAUAAAUGUUAUUAAAGGCUGAUGUUGAUGUGUUUAAUGACAAGAGAUGAGGGUUUAUCAUCCAUUUGACAAACAGGAGUGUUGAUAUAAAUAGUUUGCCUGGUAAAACCAGACUGAAUGCUGGGCUUACCAUUAAGUGCAGCAUUCAGUCUGGUUUACCCAGGCUAACAAACAGUCACAUUAUAAUAAGGACAGGCCUGAAGCUUUAAGACCUAGUAGACUGCAUGUGAACAUUGUGAAAAGAGAUGUGAUGUCACCACUUUUCCACACAUCCGCUGAGAAUGUACAGCAGAACGGAGUGCAAUGUGGAAGCUGGAGUCUUAAGAUGGUGGAUACAUUUGUGAGAUUGUAUUGUAAAAUCCUUGUUCCAAAUUACUCCACUUCAUUUAGGGGUAACCCCCCACCUCCCAACCCCCAAAGGCUUUUUUAAUGUUAUUGAUUAUAUUUUAAGAAAAUGUAUUUAUUUUCAACAACAAUAAAAUAUUUAUUUAAAGAACUA